AUGGACGAAGAAAAUCCUGUUGAGCUGUUACAACGUUAUCGCCGUGAUCGCCAUGUGUUGCUCAAUUACAUCCUUUCUGGUAACUUGAUCAAGAAAGUUGUAAUGCCGCCUGGUGCUAUCUCUCUAGAUGACGUGGAUAUUGAUCAAGUCAGUGUUGAUUAUGUCCUCAAUUGUGCUAAGAAAGGGGAUCCACUUGACCUUGGAGAUGCCAUCCGGCUUUAUCAUGACAGCCUUGAUUACCCAUAUGUCGAUAACACAGGAGAUGUUGAAGGGUUCUAUUUACUUACAAGACCUGAAUAUUCUGGAUCAGCACCAACAAGAGAACCACCCCCUGUCCCUGGCGCUGCACCAUUACCAGUUGUGGUACCACCACCAGUUGUGGUACCACCACCAGUUGUUGAACAACCACAAAUUGCUGUUCCAUCAUCAGUUGCAAACUUACCAAAAUCAUUAUCAUUGGACUCUCCCACCGAGAAGGAAUUAACCAUAGAUGACAUUGAAGACUUUGAGGAUGAUGAAGGUGAAUUCGAUAGUCGAAGGGCUUCUAGGAGGCAUCAAACUGAUGCCAAUGAUAUAUCCUUGCGCUUACCAUUAUUUGAAACAGGUAUCACAGAUGAUGAUCUUCGUGAAACAGCAUAUGAAAUCCUUGUUGCUGCUGCUGGUGCUUCAGGGGGGCUUAUAGUCCCAAAGAAAGAAAAGAAGAAAGAGAAGAGACACAGAUUAAUGAGGAAACUUGGCCAUAGUAAGAGUGAAAGUGCUGAAUCGCAAACUCACCGGCAACCAGGUUUAGUUGGCCUGCUUGAAAUCUUGAGAGCCCAACUUGAGAUAACGGAGUCCAUGGAUAUUAGGACUAGACAGGGACUACUUAAUGCUAUGGUGGGUAAAGUCGGAAAACGGAUGGACAAUCUCUUGAUACCACUGGAACUACUGUGCUCUAUAUCUAGAGCUGAAUUUUCUGACAUGAAGGCAUAUCUUCGUUGGCAGAAAAGACAGCUGAACAUGCUGGAGGAGGGCCUAAUAAACUAUCCUGUUGUUGGAUUUGGAGAGUUAGGUCGAAAAGUCAAUGAGCUAAGAAAUCUUUUCAGAAAGAUUGAAGAAUCUGAGUCCCUAUCCCCAUCUGCUGCGGAGGUUCAACGUACAGAAUGCCUACGUUCACUGAGAGAAGUUGCUACAUCUUUCUCUGAAAGGCCUGCUCGUGGCGAUCUUACCGGUGAGGUUUGUCAUUGGGCUGAUGGUUACCAUCUGAAUGCCGCCUUGUAUGAAAAAAUGCUUGGCAGUGUUUUUGACACCUUAGAUGAGGGAAAACUCACAGAGGAGGUGGAAGAAAUCCUUGAGCUCCUAAAGUCCACUUGGCGUAUACUAGGAAUCACAGAGACAAUUCAUGAUACGUGCUAUGCAUGGGUAUUAUUCCGACAGUUUGUUUUUACAGGCGAGCAAGGACUCCUGAAAGUUGUGAUUGAGCAUUUGAGGAAGAUACCCUUGAAGGAACAGCGUGGUCCACAAGAACGCUUACACUUGAAAAGUCUACGUAGUUCUGUUGAUGCCGAUGAUAGCUGCCAGGACUUUACGUUUUUCCAGUCUUUCCUGUCUCCAGUUCAGAAAUGGGUGGACAAGAAAUUGAAUGAUUAUCAUCUGCACUUCUCAGAGGCUAUGUCUGAUUUGUUAUUCACCACCGAAUGUUGCAACACAUAUGCGCAUAAGGGUUCCAGUAUGAUGGUUGAUAUCAUAACAGUAGCAAUGCUUACUAGGCGAAUCCUUGGUGAAGAAAAUGACAAGGCAAUGGAGUCACCUGAUCGAGACCAGAUUGACCGUUACAUCACUUCUUCUGUCAAAAGUGCUUUCAUGAAGAUUGCACAUUCCGUAGAGAUUAAAGCAGACACAUCACAUGAGCAUGUUUUAGCAUCUCUAGCCGAGGAGACAAAGAAGCUUUUGAAGAUAGAGACAAACAUUUUUUCCCCAGUUUUGUCAAGAUGGCAUCCACAGGCAGCAGUUCUUUCUGCUUCCCUUCUCCAUAAACUGUAUGGAAACAAAUUGGGACCUUUUCUUGAGCAUUCUGAGCAUCUUACGGAGGACGUAGUUUCUGUAUUUCCGGCAGCUGAUUCUUUGGAGCAGUACAUAAUGUCAGUGAUGGCUUCUGUUGUGGGCGACGAUGGUUUGGACAGUCUAUGUAGACAAAAGCUAGUUCCUUAUGAGAUUGAAAGUAAAUCGGGCACGGUUGUUUUACGCUGGGUGAAUGGGCAACUGGAGAGAGUUGAAACAUGGGUUAAAAGGGCUGCUGAACAAGAGACUUGGGAUCCUAUAUCCCCUCAACAACGCCAUGGGGGUUCUAUUGUUGAAGUCUAUAGAAUCAUAGAAGAGACUGCAGAUCAGUUUUUUGCAUUCAAGGUUCCUAUGCGAAUUGGGGAAUUAAAUAGCUUCUGUCGCGGCAUUGACAAGGCAUUUCAAAUUUAUACACAACUUGUUACUCAACCCAUAGUUGACAAAGAAGAUUUAGUUCCACCUGUUCCUGUCCUUACCCGAUAUAAAAAGGAGCUUGGGAUCAAAGCUUUCGUAAAAAAGGAAAUCCAAGAAGUCAGACCUGUUGAUGAGAGAAAAUCGAGUGAAAUAGUUCAACUUACAAUGUCAAAGCUAUGUGUGCGGCUUAACAGUCUAUAUUAUGCUAUAAGCCAGCUAGGCAAGUUGGAGGACAGCAUAAGUGAGCGGUGGGCUAAAAGGCAAAGUGACAAAAUUAACAUCAGACGAUCAAUGAACGGCAAGUCAAAGGGCAUAGUCUCCAAUCAGAAGAAUCAAUUUGAUGGCAGUAGAAAAGAAAUCAAUGCUGCUAUUGAUCGGGUAUGUGAAUUUACAGGGUUAAAGGUCAUAUUUUGGGACCUCCAACAGCCAUUCAUCGACAAUAUGUACAAAAACAAUGUUUUACAAGCUCGAUUGGACACUAUUGUCGAAGUGCUUGAUUUGGUGCUUGCUCAACUCUGUGACGUCAUUGUGGAGCAACUGCGAGAUCGUGUGGUUACAGGGCUUCUGCAAGCAUCCCUGGAUGGCUUAGUUCGGGUAAUACUAGAUGGAGGUCCUACACGCGUCUUCUCUCCAAAUGAUGCCCCUCUUUUGGAGGAAGAUCUUGAAAUUCUUAAGGAAUUCUUCAUAUCUGGCGGAGAUGGGCUGCCUCGUGGAACUGUUGAGAAUUUGGUCUCGCGUGUUCGUCCUGUAAUAAAUCUGAUCAAGCAAGAGACCCGUGUGCUUAUUGAUGAUCUGCGCGAAGUUACUCAAGGGGGCAAAAGCAAAUUCGGAAGCGACUCCAAAACCCUGCUGAGGGUCCUGUGCCACAGAAAUGAUUCAGAGGCAUCACACUAUGUAAAGAAGCAUUUCAAGAUACCCAGUUCAGCUCCCCCGAGCACCUGA